AUGUCAGCAGAUUUUCACAACGCGAAGAUGAAGAAGAACCAUGAACAAGCUCAAAUCGACAUCGCGCAUUCUUGGAGCCUGUCUCAGAAGAAAGUGGCUGAGUGCGGUGCUUCACCGUGCGAAGGACACCUAAAUCAUGUCUACUAA